AUGCCUCCAACAGGCGCCUUUGGCCUCCUCGCCCUCCGCGCCACCGAAAAUGCCGCCACCGCUGCCUUCACAUCACACACCAACUCAACCGAGCAAUUACUCAACGCCACCGCAGGAGGAGGAGGGGGAGAACCGGGCCACCGCGAGUGGAAUGGCGGCUCCGUCGUGCCCGUUGCCGUCAUCUCGGCCGUGCUGUCGACCGCCUUCGUGGCCAUGCGCUUCUACACUCGCAUCUACAUCCUGCGCUCAGUCAAGUGGGAGGACUGGUUCAUCCUCAUGUCCCUCGUCUUCGCCAUCGCCACGAGCGGGGGUAUGAUAGCACAACUCAACUACGGCCUGGGCCACCAUCUACGCUCCGUCGGCGCCUCGUUCCCCGUCUAUAUCCAAACAGGCAUCCUCACGAACCUCUUCUACUCCAUCUCCCUGACCCUCACAAAAAUCUCCAUCCUGCUCCUCUACAUCCGCAUCCUCACCUACGACCUCGUCCGCCUCCUCGGCAAGGUCCUCCUCGGCCUCGUCAUCCUCACCCACACCUGGAUCAUCGCCUCCAUCCUCACGACCUGCAUCCCCCUCUCCGCCGCCUGGUCCUACGACCCCGCCAACCCCCCGCUCUACUGCCACCCCGUCCCCGUCUUCUGGCUCAACGCCGUCCUCCACAUCCUCACCGACUUCAUGAUCUUCAUGCUGCCCCUCCCCGUCAUCUCCAGCAUGAGCCUGCCCCGCAAGCAGAAGACGGGCCUCUACUUCGUCUUCUGCCUCGCCUUCCUCGUCUGCGCCAUCUCCAUCUUCCGCCUCGUCGCCGUCUUCCACACCGACGAGUCCAACGCCCAGGUCGCAGACGUCACCUGGUCCGCCGUCCGCGUCGCCAACUGGACCUCCCUCGAGGUCCACAUCGCCAUCGUCACCGCCUGCCUGACCACCCUCAAGCCCCUCCUCAACGCCCUCUUCCCGAACCACGCCUGCGGCGCCACCGUCAACGACAGCCCGCUGCCGCUCAAAACGGCCAGCCCCGCCGAGGAGGCUCGCCGCCGCAAGGACUUUGAGGAGAACUUCUCCACGGGUGAUGUUGAUGGGUACAGGCGCCCGCUGACCAUCGGCACGAAGUCGAACAGGCCAAAGGUUAGGCGGGACACGUUUGCCAGCCUCGUCGCGGACCGCAAGAGCACUCUGGAGCACUUGGAAGUCGCGACACCGACGUCGGCGACGAAGUUGUCUGAUAAGGAGGGCGAGGAGUUCAAGCUGCCCGAAGUCCAGCCACCGUCGCCUUUUGGCAGGUUUUCGAGUUGGACACGGGGUUCGAGGUUGCAGAUCCCGAGCGUGACGAGAGGUGCCAGCGUGAAGCACGAACGCUUCGGGUCAACAGCAACAACAAGAGGGAGGCACGAGCGGUUCCCGUCGAACGUCACCUGGGCUUCGACACAUCGACGGUAUGAGUCUAUUGAUGAAGAGGUACCACAGGUACCCGGGAGGAGGCUGAUUUAA